CUCACGCUCCGCAACAUCCUAGGAUUCCCUCUGCACGAAGCCCCCGAUGCGCCGAUCCGCGAAACGGCCUGGCUCGAUGGCCUGCGUGGCCUCGCGGCGUUUCUGGUCAUGAUCUAUCAUUACAAUCUGGCGUUCUGGUUCCCGCCCGCGGUGGAGGCUCCCUAUGGCGCGCUGGAUACGUAUCAGUUCCGGGAGUUUGGCACGACGACGAUUUAUGAGGCGAUCUGGCGGUUACCCAUUAUUCGAGUGCCCAUGACGGCGGGCCAUGCACAGGUUAGUGUGUUCUUUGUGCUCUCUGGGUUCGUGCUCAGUUGGGGACCGCUGGGGAAUAUCCGCGCGGGACGCAAUGAGAAAGUCAUGCAAGGGCUUGGGUCUGCGGUCUUCCGUCGCUGGAUACGAUUGUAUUUACCCUGCUUCGCCAUCUCGCUGUGGGAGUGUUUCGAGCUGUACUUCGGCCUGCGGUACAUCGGCGGGAGGGAUCAGAAGAGCAACAUCUUCCUGCAAAUCUGGGAUUGGCUGGUCGAUUCGGAGAAGUUUGCGAACCCGUUCAUGAUCGAUCGGAACAAGUAUUCGAGUCUGCACGGUUACGACUGGACCAUGUGGACCAUCCCGUACGAAUUCGCCGGGUCGCUGUUGAUUUUCCUGAUCCUGCUCGCGACGGGGAGGUUCCGGCAUCAUGCCAAGAGGACGCUGGUGAUUUUCGGCGUCGUGGCGUAUGCGUGUCUGCGCGGAGAGUGGACGUACUGGCUCUUCACGGCGGGGAUGUUGCUAGCGAAUUACGUGCGCCAACACGGCGGGUUCGAGAAACUCAACGAGAAAACUACCACCCGCGCGAGGCUGGGCUAUAUCGCCCUGCUCCUGCUCGGCCUCCUCCUCGCGGGCGUCCCCGAGGCUUCCGAAUACUACGACCGCCCCGGCUACGAGUGGCUCAUCCACCUCACCCCGCCCAACUGGCGCGCCAUCGAAGGCGGCGGCCGGUGGCUCUGGUGCUGGUCGGGCAUCCUCUUCAUCUACGCCGCCUGCCACCUCCCCUCCAUCAAACGAUUCUUCGAAUUCUCCUUCAUGCGCUACCUCGGCCGCAUCAGCUACAUGCUCUACCUCACUCACCGCAUCACACUGAAUCUCCUCGGCGAGCGGGCCAAGAACUUCGUCUUCCCACUUUUCAACCGCCAUCAGUGGAUUGACGCCCCAACGGACGGCAGCGAGGAGAGCUGGAUCAAAACGACCAUCGUCUACGCCAUGCUCCUCACCAUCACCGUCCCCGUCGCGUUGAUCGUAGCGCACUGGGCGGAGAAGCUGAUCGAUGGGCCGAGUACGCGGUUAGCGAGGAGGGUGGACGACUGGUUUUUGAAAGGGUCGACGGAUGGACAUGAUGGGAUGAAUGGGGGGAUUUUGCCGAGU